CUAACCUGCCGUUGGUAUUACUAGCCCUUCAACUUAUGGUCAUACUAAUUGCAGCAAAAAAACAAAAAACAAUGCAGACGCACACGCGAGAGUAAAAUGGAGUGUCCACAAAUUGAUUUAUACGAAUUCCUCACUGAGUCCGAGCUGCAGCAGUACUACAAUGCCGUCAAAAAUGAAUUGAAAAUAACGAACGCGGCCCAGUUCAAAUAUGCGGCGGAUGAGGAUUUGCGUUUUAUUGGGCUCUCGCGACCGGAAAUCCGGAGGCUGCGCAAGUUCUACGAGAAGCACUUCCCCCACAGCUACCUCAGCAAGAUCAAGCGUCUGCUGCAGGCGCCCGCCACGAUAGUGAAGCGCGAGGAGACCCCAGGCGCUGCCCAAGUGUCCCAAGAUGGUAGUACCGUCGCCAGCUCCUCGAUGGCAGCCAAAAACGGAGCCAGUUCUCCGGGCAAGGUGCCCAACAACAAGCACAUCAUCCCGGCGGACUCGAUAAGCGUCAACAAGCAGCUGGGCACCGGGGAGUUCGGUAUUGUGCAGCAGGGCGUCUGGACCAAUGGCAGCGAAAGGAUCCAAGUGGCCAUUAAAUGCCUGUGCCGAGAGCGGAUGCAAUCGAAUCCGAUGGAGUUCCUCAAGGAGGCGGCCAUUAUGCAUUCCAUCGAGCACGAGAACAUCGUCAGACUUUACGGCGUUGUCCUGGCCACGGACUCCCUGAUGCUGGUCACCGAACUGGCCCAUCUCCGGUCGCUGCUCGAGUGCCUCAAGGACUCCGGUCUGCGGGUCAGUUUUCUCACCAUACCCACGCUCUGCGAGUUUGCUCUGCAGAUAUGCAAUGGCAUGCGCUAUCUGGAGCAGAAGCGCCUGAUCCAUCGGGAUCUGGCUGCCAGGAAUAUUCUCGUAUUCAGCAAGGACAAGGUCAAGAUAUCGGACUUUGGACUGUCGCGCGCCCUGGGCGUGGGCAAGGACUACUACAAGACUAAUUUCAAUGUGAACCUAAAGCUGCCGAUCGCCUGGUGUGCCCCCGAGUGCAUCAACUACCUGCGCUUCACCAACGCCUCGGAUGUGUGGGCCUACGGUGUCUGCCUGUGGGAGAUGUUCUCGUACGGCUUCCAGCCGUGGGCCGCGCUCACUGGUCUGCAGAUUCUGGAAGCCAUUGACUCGCCCAACUAUCAGCGACUAGAGCAGCCCGACUGCUGUCCGAGUGAGUACUAUACGCUGAUGAUGAAGUGCUGGCAGGACGAUGCCGCCAAGCGUCCGCGGUUCGGUGAGAUUUACGAACAGCUGCCAGACAUGAAGCCGGAGCAGCUGAAGGCGGUGGUCAACUGUGCGGAGCCGAAGAAGGACCAUCUGUUGUAUCGCCAGGGUGACAUCAUCACCGUUCUGGACAGGAAUACAGGAACGCCCUUCUGGAAGGGAGUGCUGAGCACCGGAAAAACGGGAUACUUCAACCCCUCGAACACUGUGGCCUUCCUGGAGGGCCUACCGAGCUCUAGCCGGGACUCCUUUAGCCGCGCAAGCGAUCACCGGAUCAGCAAGCGCAAACUGCGUACGGAGAUGAUUUCCAAGCCGCAGAACGACUUCAAGCAUACCGGCCAUGUGGGCAUCGACGGAGCCACUUUCGGUGACAUCGCUUUCCUGGGCAGUUCGCAAAAUUACAAUCACGUUCCCAAGCAAAUCGUAACGCCCUACAAGCCUUCGGAGGAUAUUGAACAGACACCUCUUCUGCUGCCCCCGACGCCAACCAGCCCGGAUUCAUUGCAGACGGCCAGCGGAUACUUCCCGGAGGGUGCCAGCAGCACCACCUCCAUGAACCCCACAUUCAUUCCAUCCGCUGAGCACACGCCCAAGCUGAUAGCCACCAAUGGACAGAGCUCCUUUGAUUUCGCCACCGGAACUGGAUCUACCAAUCCGUUUUUCCUCAACCGCAGCGACGACGAGCAGUUGGAGUUUGCUCUGCAGAACAACAACUAUGGUGGGGACGGCAAGAGCCUUAAUUCUGGCGAAGCGGGCUGGCGUCCCAACUCUCGGACUGUGGGCGAUGACCUGCACGAGUACCACGAGAUUUCGGACGACGAGAUGGCGGCCGAUAAGCUGGACUUUGGACCAUCUCUUCUGGACGAGAUCAACUCAAUGUUUGGAUCGAUUAGCGGAGCGUCGGGCAGCCAGCCCAAAUCACCAGGUUUCGACCAUGUCAACAGCAAAAACGAGUUUGCGGAGAUGUCCGCCAAACUGGGCCAGAAGAGCGGGGACACGAAUGGAAACAAGCAUGGGCACGGGUUGCUGCCAACCUUGUCGAAGAAAAAGACAUCAGGAACGGUGAAACCCAUUUCCGUUAAGGACGAGAAGAUUCUCAACCAUGCCAUCGAAAUUGCCAACGAGAUAAGCUCCAGAUCUAUGAUCGACCUGGUUUCUGAUCAAACGCCUGCUACCCACAGUCCCAAGCGCAAAUUCAGCUUUCGAUUUCCGCAUUUAAGCAAUAGUGCUGACAAGUCUGGAUCCCUUGGAGGUGGAGGAGCCUCCGGAUCUGCCCUGACACCCACCCACGGCAAUGCCUCGCCCUUUUCCAAAAAGAAGAACUUCACCGAGGAGCUGCAGAGCAUUCCGGAUAUACAGCGUUUCCGCUCCCUGAGCGAGAUCAAGAACAGCACGGAUCUGCGAGUGCCCAUCUUCGACAAGGAGAGCUCCGACUUUCUGUUCGAGAAGUCGCGCGAAAUCCUAAGCAGGCCUCUGAACCUGGAACGGGAGGAGAGUCAGAAAACCAAAAGCAUCGACGACAACAUCAUGGACAUUGAGAACACUCUGAAGGCGCUCAACCUGGACUUUAUGCACACCUACACGGAGCUGGACAAGAGCGACUCCAACGACACCAUCCUCAACGAUCAGCUGCCGCAGCUGAUGAGUCUGGACGAUGGGAUCAGCAGUGCCACGGGCAGUUUGAAGUCCGCGGUCUACAGUUACAGCAACGGAGUGCAGACCAUGUUCGAUUUCAAUGCGGCCACCAGUCAUUUGGACAAACACCUCCAGUAUAUGCACAACCAGGCCCAGCUGACAGCUGCAGCCUCGGCAUCGGCGGAUCCCAAGCCGCUGGAGGACAAGCGUUCUAGUACGCCGGACACGGGCUUCGCCUCGCGGGACACCAAUAUCUCACUGUCGCGCCGGAGCAGCCAGAAGUCCAGCUACAGUCCACAAGAGAGCUUCCAUUUCCCGCUGAAGGGCGAGGCUCUGUUCAGCGCUCCACCCGUGGUUAUGUCCGGUGGAUACACCAGUCUCAAGGAUGAGCUCGGCUACGAGAGAUUCGGCAACGGGGCCACCAAGCAGAUGCUGGCCAGUGCCUCGCCGAUCAAGUCGGGCACUUCCGGCUCCAUGUACUUGGGCUCCAAGGGAUAUCGCCAGCGAUCGACCUCCUUCAACGAGACCUUCCACCCGAUUUCGCCCGUGCUGUCGGAGCCGCCACAGCGGGAGCGGGGAGUUAUCCAGCGACAGGUGCGACUGGAGCAUCAGCCACCACUGCCACGUCGCUCUGCGUCCUACAAGCCCCGCUCGAUCAGGGCCCGCACCCUCAGGCGGCUAAGUUAUAAUCCCAUGACCCUGGACUCCAGCUCCUCCAGCGGCGAGGAGCCGGUGAAACCAAGUCUUGCCCGCUCCGAGUGUGACAUCCGGACUAGGGUGACGAACAGCUCGAAUACUUCUCUGGGCAGACGGCGCAGGGCGGGACUGAAUCGUCAGGUUCAGUCGGCCUGUCACGACGAACGCGAGGCCAUCAUCUCCCCUCGCCAGAUUUACGGCUCCAACUCGAGCAUCAAGUCCGCACCACACUACAAUCUUGGCCAGCGACGCAGCUUCCAUCGGGGCGGCGCUGGGAUGGGAGUCGGUGGCUACGAGCACUUCCAGUACGAGGAUCGCAUCUACGACUUUGGAGGCCGUGGUCCGGGCAAUAACUACAAUGUAGGACAUGCCAGCUAUCUGAGCUCCGGGCAGAAAACGAAUUACAUUCUCAAUGGCUCGGAGUUGCCAGGAUCAGGGUCGGGAUCCUCCUCGGCUGCCUCUUCGGCCGUGCAGGCCACCUACAGGCCCGGAGCAGGAGCCGGCCUGCAACGACCAAUGAGCGGAGGUGCUGCUCUGCACGAGUUCGACAUCAGUCGGCUGACCGGAAAGAGUCCCACAUCCAGUCACUUUGUGGGCAGUUCGCCGGAGGAACUGAAGCAGCGCCAGCUCUCGGCAGGAUCGCUGCUGACCAAGCCGCAGCGACCCACGGAGUUCCAUUGGCCGGAGAAGAUCCACGCCUCGGCGGUGAAGCAGCACGAGAUGCACUGGCGACAGAUGCAACAUCAACAUCAGCAGCACUCCGCCACCACGAUCAUAGGCAUCACGGGAGCGGGUAGUGUUGCAGCAGUGGCGGGGGUGAGGAGGUCCAGCGACAGCUCCUCCUCGUCGAGCACGGAGAGCGGCGAUGAGUUCCAGUUCCGACGCGAGUUUGUGGCCCCGCGGAUCCCGCCCAGCCCGGCUCCAUAACUAAGGAAAAUGCUGAAAUACGUUCUCAAUUUACUGUUCGGCAAUGUGUUGUCGGAUUAAGCGGCGGCCAUGGAGGAGUGACUAGGAAUUGGAUGCGGAACGACUUGGAGGCUCCUCGCGGAGCUGGGCGGUGCUGUGUUUGUGCCAGUGUCUGUGUUUGUGUGUGCGAGUGUGUGUUAGGAAGGGUUGAGGGAGAUGGAUGGCGAGGAUGGCGGGUCGAAGAGUAAAUUGUAGAAGUAUUUACAGCGAAUAGGAUAUAUAUUUUUUGUAUUUGCAUUUUUUGGUAACGAGAUGAGAGUGUGCCUUAUAGGAAAACACCGAAGACCUCUCAGAACAGAUAAUAAUGAUGUGCCUGCUCCGGCAGCACAGCUUCCAACCCAUUGAAUCAUCUCCAGCCCCACAGCUCCAUCGCAUCAUCAAUCAUCAGCUCAAAGUCCCUCUGAAUAGCUCUCUAGAAUCUGCAUAGAUCUCUUUUUCAAAAACGAUCUCUAAAAAUACUCAACUCCGUAGACUAAUAACCAGCAAUAGAAUCUUCAAAUUUUCACCACAAAAUCUAAUAUAAUCUUUAGAGAUAUAGAACAAAAUAAUGAAUGGCUUCCAAAUGGAAUAGAAAAAGUUCAACAAAUUUUUUUUGUAUUAAAAACAAGAUCCCAACAAGAGCAAGAGCACACAGUUAAUUAUUGGGGGGAUCCAACUAGACAGGGUAGCGUAUUACCUAUUGCCGGAGAGAGUGCUCCAACUUUUAGGCUCCACGGCGGUAGUUUUAAGUCACACACAGACACGGUGAAACAACAUCAACCAGACAGACAUACACACACCCAAUAUAAACUACACACACACACAACUGUUGACAAUCCUCAGAACUUGUCCACACAUCAGAUCGGAAGACAUCCGUCGGAUCAGGAAUCCCGAACAUAUGCAAACGGAUUAUGUGCCAUAUCCUGACGCGUGCAUUUUUUAAGAAACCAAAAAAGUUAAAGUGAAACUAGGAAUUAAAAGUAAAAACUCACAAAGGAGAUAAACCCGAUAACCGAUUUAAACGAUAACAAAACCAAAAGAAGCAUUUAAGCUAUCGAACCCUAGAAGUAUCUAUAAGAUUGGAGGCGAUCGAGUCGAGUACUGGCCUAAACUAACCAAAAAAACGAGUAAAAAUUACUUCAAUUGAACAUUUUUGAUAACCUCACUAAGAAUAUAUAUUAUAUGGAAUACUUACUAAAAGAUUUUCACAUUCUAUGCAUUUAUGAAUAAACUCGAAUUGAAAAUAUGAUAUACAGAUUAUAUAUACACCUACUUAAACCUAAUUCUAAAUCGAAAUCGAAAUCAACCUAAAUAUAUUUAUACAAACUAUGGAGUAAUGUAAGCAUUACGAUGAUAUUCUAAACUAUGCGUUCGAAGCGUUUCAACCCAGAGAACAUAAAACUAAACGAAAACCAAAAUUUACUCGAGAUUAUACACAAAAAGAAGCCCCUAUAUUAAUGAACAAAAAACGAACCUAAACCUAAACUUAAUACCUAAAAAUUAAUUCUUAACUAAAGUAAUUAAAAACCAGAGAAGAGUUUGCAUUCCAAGAACCAAACAUGUUAAUUGGUAAUCAAAAAAAAACAAAGAAAAUGUUGUGCAUAUUUAAAGGGAUUUAAUAAAGGAAAACUAAUUCUGAAUUUCAA